AUGCUCCUGCUGCCGCUCACUCCCUCCAUCCGCCCUCACGGUGCGAUGACGCGGGUGUGUGCAGCGCGCAGAGCCGCUGAGGAGCUGGAGGAGAGAGGCGGGCUGUACCACCAGCUCAGAGGGGAGGCAUCAGGCAAACAUUCACAUACUGUCUUAUUCUACACGUCAAAGAGCCACAGUAGUAUCCUUAGGACAGGGUUCCUGCUCAGAGGAACAGAGCUGUCUGGAGUCAUGCAGGUGAAGGCAGUCAUCCUCAGAGGAUGGUGA